GUAGGAUGAUGAAAUCUAUUGAGAAAAGAAAAGCAGGAGGGGGCGUGGCUUUUCGCUUACUAUUCAGCCUCAUCGCCCAGGGAAGCUAGCGCUGUCUGUUUCUUAGUAUAAAUAGGGCAGCUGACAAGUGUGAGAGAUGCUACUACUCGCAAAGGUGCUUCAACAUGGCUCAGACCCUCAAACUGGGCACUGGCAGCAGCAGGUCCUCCUCGCUCUUCCGAGGCUUCCAAGAGCUUUGGGCUGAGACUGUGCUCAAGAAUUCAGAGAAAGUCAUCAAAGGGCACAAGUCAUUGGCAGAGAUGCCCGGACCCAGCACAGUCUCUUUCCUCUCGGAUUUGUUCUGCAGGAGGGGGCUGGCACGGCUGCACCACUUACAGCUGGAAGGGAAAGCCAAAUUUGGCCCAGUCUGGAAGGCAAGCUUUGGACCUAUUCUGACUGUUCAUGUGGCAGAACCAUCACUAAUAGAGCAGGUCCUUAGACAAGAAGGAAAGCACCCCAUUCGUUCAGAUCUCUCCUCCUGGAAAGAUUACAGGCAAUGCAGGGGACACUCAUAUGGGCUCCUUACAGCGGAAGGUGAAGAAUGGCAGCAAUUCCGCAGCAUUUUGGGAAAGCACAUGCUAAAGCCCAAGGAGGUGGAAGCUUACAGUGAUGUUUUAAAUGACGUUGUUGGAGACCUCAUAAAAAAAAUUAAAUAUCAGCGGAGCCAAAACCAAAACAAUAUUGUCAAAGAUAUAGCCAAGGAGUUCUACAUGUUUGGGCUGGAAGGAAUUUCCUCAGUGCUUUUUGAGUCCCGCAUCGGGUGCUUGGAGCCCACUGUACCCAAAGAAACAGAGAGGUUCAUUCAGUCAAUCAACACCAUGUUUGUGAUGACACUUCUUACCAUGGCUAUGCCCAAAUUUCUACACAAAAUAUUCCGAAAGCCCUGGCAAAGAUUUUGCGAAUCCUGGGAUUAUAUGUUUGCAUUUGCCAAAGGACACAUUGACAAAAGAAUGGAGGACGUUGCACAGAAGUUAGCACAAGGUGAAAAAGUGGAGGGAAAGUACCUCACCUAUUAUCUGGCACAGGAAAAAAUUCCAAUGAAGUCCAUCUACAGCAAUGUCACAGAACUUCUCUUGGCUGGAGUGGACACGAUUUCAAGUACUCUUUCCUGGAGUCUUUAUGAGCUAGCCCAGCAUCCAGACAUCCAGUGUGCUUUGUACAGUGAGGUCAAGGAGAUACUUCAAGGCAAACUAAUCCCAUCACCAGCUGAUGUAGCCAGAAUGCCUUUACUGAAAGCUGUUGUAAAAGAGGUCUUAAGACUGUACCCAGUUAUUCCUGGCAAUGCUCGUGUUGUAGCAGACAGAGAUAUUCAAGUGGGAGAAUAUAUAAUUCCAAAGAAGACACUUAUCACCCUUUGCCACUAUGCCACCUCCAGGGAUGAGAAGGUCUUCUCAAAUCCCAAUGAAUUUCAGCCUGAACGUUGGCUAAAGAAGGAAGUUACUCACCACCCAUAUGCCUCUCUCCCGUUUGGAUUUGGCAAGAGAAGCUGCAUUGGAAGACGGAUAGCUGAACUAGAGGUUUAUCUGGCCCUGGCAAGGAUUCUUACCCACUUUGAAGUUAAACCUGAGCAGCCAGGCAGCCUUGUCAUGCCAAUGACUAGAACUCUGUUGGUGCCAGAGAAAGAAAUCAACUUGCAGUUUCUGGAGCGAUGACAUGAGCCAGUGCUUAGUGUGGAUUAAAAAAGCCUCCGGUGUAACACAAGAAUUACUGUGAACAUUACAGUUUGGUCCUGGUUAGGGGAAGGGUCUAACUGUUGGGUUUAUUUGAGGAAAGCUCAACCAAUUAUUUAGACAAUUCACACAUUUUGUGAUACAAGUCAAAAGGGGCUCCAAGCACUGGAGCAUCCAGGUACUAUUCUGUGGUGCUUUUCCUAACUCAGCAAUCUCUGUAUGGCUCCUAUGCUGUAUGUCACCAAAAUGUACUAUAAACAUGGUUCCCAUCUGCCUUCCCUUUUGUAAGAUAAAUAUUUGUGAAUCACAUAAUACAGGAAGGAAUAGUUUACACACCAGUGUGGCUAAUAAUGGACUGUAGCAAGCAAACUCUUUGCUCUACUUAAUGUAUAUAACGGAGAAGCCUAAUGGAAACAAAUCACUUAAAUGUCCAUAAUAAUAUCUUUGUUAUUUGUGAGUCACCAUCAUCUUCUUGUAUUUCCAUUAGAAACAGUAAGGGGCCGAUUCACUAACUUCGAGUGAAGGAUUCGGAGUAAAAAAACUUUGAAUUUCGAAG